GUCAUUUGAUUUUCUACUCACACCCUCUAAUACUCCAGCCUCACCGCUGGCUUCCUCUCACCAUCAUCAAACCCAAACCCUAUUUGCAGUCACACCAUGGAGCUUAACAGUGAACAUUUCCUUCUUCUACCCCAACCGGAAACUGCCUCCACUACUCUUUCUCCGGUCAAUCCUGGCGGCAGAGCGUGUGUUGAUUAUACCUUGCAAACAAACGAGGGUUAUGCGACAACAAUGGAGGGGAAGGUUAAAAUUGCUUUCAGAACCAAAUCUGGAGUUGAGGUAAUGGAUGAUGGGUACAAAUGGAGGAAAUAUGGGAAGAAAAUGAUUAAGGACAACCCUAAUCCAAGGCAUUAUUACCGGUGCUCAAGGGCAGGAUGUAAGGUGAAGAAAAGGGUGGAAAGAGACAGAGAAGACGGGCGCUUUGUGAUAACAACAUACGAGGGGAGGCAUAACCAUGAAACCCCUCACAGUUCCCCUCCCUAUAAUUGAUGCCUUUAAUCUCACUUAUGUUCUUUACAGUUACAGUUUCAUCAACCCUAACUCUAAUAUAUUCCUACU